AUGGCCGACCAAUCCAAGCGAAGCAAGGUCUUCUUCGACAUCAAGAUUGGCAACAAGCCUGCCGGUCGCGUCACCUUCGAGCUGUACGACGACAUUGUGCCCAAGACGGCCGAAAACUUCCGGGCCCUCUGCACUGGCGAGAAGGGUCUUGGAAAGACUGGCAAGCCGCUACACUACAAGGGCAGCCUGUUCCACCGAGUCAUCAAGCAGUUCAUGAUCCAGGGUGGUGACUUUACAGCAGGCAAUGGCACUGGCGGUGAGAGCAUUUACGGCGAGAAGUUCGACGACGAGAACUUUGAGAAGAAGCAUGACCGGCCCUUCCUGCUUAGCAUGGCCAAUGCCGGACCUGGCACCAAUGGUUCCCAAUUCUUUGUAACCACCGUUGCGACCCCCCACCUUGACGGAAAGCACGUAGUCUUUGGCGAAGUCCGCAGCGGCAAGUCCAUAAUCCGACAGAUCGAGAACCUGCCGACCUCGGGUGGUGACAAGCCUAGCCGCGAUGCCGUUAUCGAUGAUUGUGGCGAGCUUACAGGCGCCGCCGCCGAGGCUCUGAGCGGCGACGUCAAGGUAGCGGAUGCCCUGGGCGACGCUUACGAGGACUUCCCCGAGGACGCCGAUGAGCAGCUCGACGCGCAAAAGAUACUCAAGAUCGCCGCGGACUGCAAGGGAUUCGGCAAUCAGGCCUUCAAGGGCGGCGACGUUGCCGUGGCCCUCGACAAGUACCAAAAGGGCCUGCGCUACAUCAACGAGGAGCCCGAGCUCAAGGACGAGAGCGAAGAGAUCAAGGCCCAGCUCGAGCAGCUGCGCUUUGUGCUCAACAACAACUCGGCCAUGAUGAACCUCAAGCUCGAGUCGUGGGAGGACGCUGAGCGCGCCGCCUCCAACGCCCUGCUCGUCCAGGGCGUCGCCGAUGCCGACAAGGCCAAAGCCUACUUCCGCCAGGGUCAGGCCCUUGUCAAGCUCAAGGACGAGGACGGCGCCAUCAAAGCCUUUGAGCAGGCCAAGAAGCUAGCACCCAGUGAUGCAGCCAUCACGCGCGAACUCGAGGCCGUCAAGAAGGCCGCCGCCACCCGUCUGGCCAAGGAGAAGUCGCAGUACAAGAAGUUCUUUGCUUAA